AUGGCUUCCAUGGGGCGGCUGGAAAGUCCGGAUUGGGAGUUGAUCGGGUCGAAGACAUAUCAAUGGACGGGGGACGAGUUGUUGCGGUGUCGACAUUGGGAUAAAGUGGCGAUCAGAUGGCAUUUCUGUGGAAAAGGCAAACGCUCUCGUGACUGUGAAGCAGGUAUCGACUGGGCUGGCCCAAUCGAAGACCCAUCCAGACUACCUGCAUGGCAUAGCGCAUUCACAUAUGUUAACUUGCCAAAUAAGACUGACACACAAUUCUUAAGCCUCAGCGUACCGGGUAUGGAGAGCAAACCCGUAACCGUACCGGCUAUAACUCCACUUCGAAUUGAUAUCGAUUGGCGCUGGACGUCCGAUGAGAAAGGAUGCAAUCGGUUCACAGUCAGAAUGUCGGCGAUGAGCACCAUCGAGAAAGGACGGCUUGGGGAGCUGGAGAAGUUCUGCCGAAUUUUCGAUACUGAUCACUUUGUUGAUUGCCAUAAUCUC